UACAUACGUGUAGGUCGUCGAAGGAAAGAGACCGAGAGAGAAUGAGGGGAACGGCCGCGGAUCACUUGGAGUUGCUCCCCUCGCCAUCACCUCCCUCCUCCUCCUCUUUCUCCUCCCAUUUCAGCCCUGGGCGUCACUACUACGUCGCGGUCGAUCGGCUUCAGUUCAAGAUGGAGACACUGGUGGAUCUUCUCGGAGUGGCUGGGCGCCGUCCGUCGCUCCCCAUCGUGCUCUGCUGCAGCUCGCGGGACGAGCUGGACGCGGUCUGCGCUGCCGUCUCCAACCUCUCCUCCAUCUCUCUCUCCCCACUGUAUAGUGAUCUGGCAGAAAAUGAGCGUGCGAUGGUAUUAGAGAAGUUCCGCCACUGUAGUGCACAAUGGAACCAAAACACUAGCCUUUUUCCUGAGGAUGAUCUUGAAUCUAGUACUGAAGCUCGAAAAUCAUGUAUGAUAGUUGUAACUGAUGCCUGCCUACCAUUAGUCACUGCAGGAGAGGCACCUCUUUUGGCUCGUGUCCUAAUAAAUUAUGAACUGCCAACAAAAAAGGAAACAUAUUUGAGACGUAUGUCAACCUGUUUAGCAGCAGAUGGGAUUGUGAUCAACAUGGUUGUUGGAGGUGAGGUAGUGGCUCUUAAAGGGCUCGAGGAGAACAGUGGUCUCAUCAUUGCAGAGAUGCCCAUAAAUAUCUCUGAGAUCCUAUGAUAUUCUUCCCGCUACAUGUUAAGAGCUGUUCACAGCUACUAGACAAAGGACUUCCAAGUGAUCAAAUCUUUUACUACUGUCUUGUAUAGAAAGAUACUUUUUGAUGAUACUAACAUGUAAUUUAUUCAUGAACACUGUGAAGGAAAAUAUCUGUAACAUAAAUAACUUGCAAUUGUGAUCAAAUAAGUAAUUGCAGCUGACUUAUCAUCUUGUGCGGUAGCA